UGACACCAAUUCUUUUGAAAAGAACAAAUGAUUGUAACCGGUUCUGUUCCUCGAAAAGAAACUAUCUGGAACUGAAUUCGAUAAACUCUAAAACUGGCAUGUCUAAGGUGUAACUCUUCGUAUUACUAAAAAUAAGACAAUAAAAAAAAUUCUACAAUCUGGUCAUUUAUCUUUGGAAGUCUUUUUUUAUGAAUUUGAAAAGUUCAUUUGAACUUUGAAUGAUCCCAAUGAAUAUCUCCGAUUUAAAACUCCUCCCAUAUUCGACGAUAUUAAUUUUUGUUUUUAAUAAAAGAUUUUUUUUAUUUAGUUGCAAAAAUUUGAAGAAAUCAAUCAAGAAUUAAAAACUCAUAUAUCAUUACUUGAACGAUCAAUUGAAGAACAUAAACGUUUAAUACGAAAACGAGAAAAAGAACUUGAACAAAUUAAAAAUGAAUUUGAACAUAAUAUAUUAAAUGUUUCAUCACUUAGUAAUAAGUGUACAAAACAAGAUGCAGAAAUGAGUGUUCUUCGUAUUGAAAACGCAUCAUUAAAUGAAGAAUUACGAUUAAUGAGAGAAAAUGUUAAUCGUUGUCACGAACAACAAAGACGUUUAAGAAAAGAUUGUGAUCAAGCUUUAAGUUUUAUUCAAGAUGAAAUAUCUGACAUAU